AUGUCGUUGGUGGACCUUGGCAAGCGUCUGCUAGAGGCGGCGCGAAAAGGUCUGGACGAUGAGGUACGCAACCUGAUGGCCAACGGAGCGCCCUUUACCACCGACUGGUUGGGGACCUCUCCCCUACACCUGGCGGCCCAACACGGCCACUACUCGACGGCCGACGUCCUUUUGCGAGCGGGAGUCAGUCGUGACGCGCGCACCAAAGUGGACCGGACGCCUCUGCACAUGGCCGCCGCUGAGGGGCACACUAUCAUCGUAGAGCUGCUGGUCAGGAGCGGCGCCGACAUCAACGCCAAAGACAUGCUGAAGAUGACGGCGCUCCAUUGGGCGGCGCAGCACGGCCACCAUGGCGUGGUGGAGAGCCUCAUCAAGCAUGGCGCCGACGUGCACGCGCUAAGCAAGUUCGACAAGACGCCGCUGGACAUCGCUGUCGAUAUUCAGAACACUGAUCUCAUGCUGCUGUUACAGGAGGGCAUGCAGAACCAGGUGAACAUGAACCAGGUGAGCGUCAACGUGGAGUCUGGCAACGCCGCCAACCCACCACAGUUCAUCAUCCAGGGCAUCCCCUCCAUCCAAGGGGGAGUCGUCAACCUGGCAGACCUGCUCAACAAAGCCGGCACGGGAGAAUCGGAGGAAGCUAUGGCGGCCAACGCUCUGGACCCCAACAUCCAGCAUGCCGCCGUGGUCAACGAGGGAGGUCAGAGGGUCAUCACUAUCGUCACCGACCAACACGGUAAUCUGCAGACCGGCGGGAUGUCGCAGCCUUUCUUCGUCACCAUGCAGCACGGACAGCAAAUGCUGGCGGUGCCCGCCAACACCGUCACCGAGGAGGUGGUGACGGACGAGUCGCAGGCUCCACCUUCCAGGAAGAGAAAGUUGGAGGUGGCCAAUAAUCACAAUGACACAGGAGAAACGGAGCUGCUGCAGAGGCAACUGCAGGAGGCCAACAGAAAGGCGCAGGAGUACCGGCAGCAGCUGAUGCGUAAGGAGCAGGAGGCCGAGGAGUACCGCAUCAAAUUGGAAGCCAUGGCCCAGAACCAGGCCGGCGCCGCCAACGUCAGCCCCGAGGAGGUGGUGGGCGGGGGCGACGACGAGGACGAUGCCACCGCCGCGGCCAACGUGGUGGAAGAAGAGGGCCAAAUGGUGGUGCUACAGGAGGGCGGCAUCAUCAUGGAGGGCGACGAAGGUCGCGUCACCCUGGUGGAGACGGCAGGCGGAGGCGAAACCGCCGGUGCCAGCGCCUAA